AUGGAUCAGGAACAGGACAGCAAUGCAGGAUCUUUAACAGAUGACAGCGAUGAUGGUGAUGAUCUGGAGGUGGAUUUCCAAUUACCGUACAAGUGUCCUCAUUGUCCGAAGAGAUGCAAACUGAGGGGCAACCUAUUGAAGCACAUAAGACUCCAUUCCGAUGAAAGACCCUAUAAGUGUGACCAUUGCCAGACGUCCUUCAAGGAUAGCAGCGCAAUGAAGAAACACAUCCGCAUCCAUACUGGCGAGCGCCCCUUUAAAUGCACCAAGUGCCCGAAAUCCUUCGCCUAUUCCGGCUCCCUCAGGGAUCACAUGUUGGGACACACCGGCGAACGUCCUCACAAGUGUCCGCACUGCUCGACGACCUUCAGGUGGCAGAAGCUCCUCACCAGCCACUUGCGCACUCACACCGGCGAGCGUCCUUUCAAGUGCUCCGAAUGCUCCAAAUCCUUCACUGCCCGUUCCACUCUGGAAACUCACAUGCGAACCCACACGGGAGAGAAGCCAUUUGAGUGUCCGAAGUGCCAAAGGUCCUUCAGCAUCAAGCAGAGUCUGCGGGUGCACAUGAAAACUCACAAGGAUUAACUUGCUGGCUG